AGACACUGUUUGUACCGCAACUCGAAGCAUUGCGGUCUACUCUGGUCCAGUGACUGACAUUGACAGGCUGUACGCUUGAUAGGACUGGGUGAACGUCAGACACUACUAUAUAUUCCGGGGUGGGAUCCAUACAUUCCGUCCAUCGACCUUCGACCGACUCAUCUGCACUCAUCUUUGACGACUUGACGCAAAGACGACGUAAAGCACCGAUGCUCGACGAGCUGCACAACCGCAACUUGAAGCCUCUUCCGCUCGCCCGCAUUCCUAUCGAGGUCUGCGAGGAGAUCAUUGACCUCAUUGCCUUCUGGGCAUUAACCCACGGAGGCGGAGGCGUGGACUACGGGAUGUAUUACGCGACCGAAUGGCGUUUCGCGCUGAUCGCCUGUGCGUUCGUCUGCAAGGCCUGGCAUACCCGCAGCAUGUACCACUUGCACUCGUCGGUCUGGCUGACAAACCGGGACAGCGUGGAGUUCCUUUUCAAGCGCCUUGUUCAUGACCCAGAGCUUCAUACAGCCAUCAAGCAUAUCAUCAUCCGCGGUCCGGCUCAGCAUGGUCUCGAACCGUUUGGUGGGAUCCCUCACUUUUCGACAUUCAUAGCGAGGCUCGCCAGGCAGCUACCCAACGUACGGACCCUCCGCCUUUGCCGUGCCGCCUGGACGACGGGAUCAAUACAUGCAGAGAGUAUCAAGUACCUCUCUGUAUAUACCUCCGUAACGCAGAUCCGGCUUCGUGACGUGGCGUUUACGAUGGCGUCGCAAUUCAGAGCGUUGCUCUCGGCCCUCCCGAACCUCCAGUACAUCAGUUGUACUGAUGUAAGCUGUCGUCAGCGGCAGCUCAUCGUACCAUUCCCCAGCAUCGACUCCGUGGCACACAGACAUGUACGCGAACUGGUCGUGUACAAUACCGACGACGAGCUCGUCGAUGUCCUGACGAAGCUAAGCACAAUCGCGCCAACAGUGGAGAAGCUGUUGCACCAUGACUGGUUGUCGAUGACUGCGCCGAACACCAAUAGGCAAUGCCAGUGGCUGCUCGAUGCAUAUGGUGCAUCUCUUCGUGACGUUGAGGUUAUCUCUCCAAAUGGUGAGCCUCGUUCAUUUGGUCAUUAGCUCCUUGGCUAACAUGGACACCUCUUCGUCAGAAUCACGCAUCGACUUCUCUUGCCAAUCGCUGUUGGUGAAUCUCUCCGUCCAAUUACCUUACAAAGAAUAUCCGGACUUCACCAGGGUCUCUGCUAUCCUCUCCACGAUCACAUCCAGCGUAUUCUCUCAA